CCCGGUGAUGUAGGCGCCGGCGGAGGUGGAGCCGCGACGCGUGAAGGAGUCCCCCCGCAGUCGCACUCCCGGUCCCCCCUCGGAGCAGCCAGCCGCCAGUCCCGGCUCCCGUGACUUCCCUGCCGCCGCAAUUCGGGCGGCGGGGACCGCGGGAUCCUCCUCUCGGGGCCGGGGGUGCGCCGCCGCCACGCCCAGCCCUUGCCCCUCCUGGUUCCCGGCCGGCGGGAGCGACUCCCCUUGUGCGGGAAGCUGAUCCCAGACGCUCGGCCACCGCCCGGACAUCUCGGCUGCCAGUCCGGCUGGGCAACCGGGCAUCUCGGGGCAUCGACUGGUUCCGGCGCCGCCGCCCGGCUGCUCGCGACCCCCAGGCCGCAGGCUGCCGCGCGCCCUCCCCUCCCCCGGCCUCCGGGCCGGACGCCCGCGAGCUCCCGGCACUCCCCAGCCCCUGUGGCCGCCGCAGCCACUAUGCUGCCCUGGAGACGUGACAAAUUCGUGCUGGUGGAGGACGAGACCAAGUGCAAGGCGAAGAGCCUGAGCCCGGGGCUCGCCUACACGUCGCUGCUCUCCAGCUUCCUGCGCUCCUGCCCGGACCUGCUGCCCGACUGGCCGCUGGAGCGCCUGGGCCGCGUGUUCCGCAGCCGGCGCCAGAAAGUGGAGCUCAACAGGGAGGACCCGACCUACACCGUGUGGUACCUGGGCAACGCCGUCACCCUGCACGCCAAGGGCGACGGCUGCACCGACGACGCCGUGGGCAAGAUCUGGGCGCGCUGCGGGCCGGGCGGGGGAGCCAAGAUGAAGCUGACGCUGGGGCCGCACGGCAUCCGCAUGCAGCCGUGCGAGCGCGGCGCGGCGGGGGGCUCGGGGGGUCGCCGGCCGGCGCACGCCUACCUGCUGCCGCGCAUUACUUACUGCACGGCGGACGGGCGGCACCCGCGCGUCUUCGCCUGGGUCUAUCGCCACCAGGCGCGCCACAAGGCCGUGGUGCUGCGCUGCCACGCCGUGCUGCUGGCGCGGGCGCACAAGGCGCGCGCCCUGGCCCGCCUGCUCCGCCAGACCGCGCUGGCGGCCUUCAGCGACUUCAAGCGCCUGCAACGCCAGAGCGACGCGCGCCACGUGCGCCAGCAGCACCUCCGCGCGGGGGGCGCCGCCGCCUCGGUGCCGCGCGCCCCUCUGCGCCGCCUGCUUAACGCCAAGUGCGCCUACCGGCCGCCGGCCGCCGAGCGUGGCCGGGGCGCGCCGCGCCUGAGCAGCAUCCAGGAGGAGGACGAGGAGGAGGACGAGGACGCGGACGAGCGCGAGGAAGGAGCCCCCCAGCGCGAGCGGCCCGAGGUGCUCAGCCUGGCCCGGGAGCUGAGGACGUGCAGCCUGCGGGGCGCCCCCGCGCCUCCACCGCCGCAGCCCCGCCGCUGGAAGGCCGGCGCCCGGGAGAGAGGUGGCCUGGCGCGCUGAGAGCGCGCACCGCAGGGUUCGCGGCCCUGGACCCGGCCGGCGAUCUUCCAGCCUCCUACCCUGGCCCAUCCCGCUUUGGCUCCCCUAGUCUCCCCUCUGCUCCCCCCCUAGGCCCUGGCCUUUUACGAUGCCCGUUGUUCGCAUCUCAUCCUGAUGCAGGGGGACGCCUAAUAUUCCCUUGAUUGUUGGGCAGUUGGGUGGGGGAAAGCAGCAGCAUUCAGUGUUCAACUCUGCCUCCCAAUCAGACGUCCUACCCUUCUCCUCGGUCCUCCAUUGUGGAAAUGCCCCCCUGGGAAGCCGAUUCCCCUCACCUCCCCCACCCCCAUGCUUUACACCUAGUCUCAGCCCAGAGACUUCCCUGCUGCUCCCUCUCAGCCAUCCUCUUAAGGAGGGAGGAAGAAGUUUCUUCUUCCUAGGAGGGAGGGUUAGACGCCCCUCGCAGAGGCAGAGGAACCUGAAGGAUGGGGUCUGGGGGGCCCGAGUUGGCUGCAUUGCUCUGUGCCUGGAGACCCGGAGGUAGGUUAGGCUACAAUGCCAGGCCCACACCUGGGCCCUGGUACCCUCCCCCGCUUCCAGGAUUCCUCCCCCACCCCAGCUUGCCUCAGAGGUGUCUGUGGUGCCCACUGGUGCCCUACAGCACGAUCAAGUCUGGGCCAACAGAACCUCCUCCGGUGGAUGCCCGAGGCCGCUGACUCAGCAGGCAGUGGACAGGGACAGAUACCCUGGGGUGGAGGGCAGGAGGGUGAGGUGGGAGUCUUGUUGUCCCAGGGAAGAAUCGCUUCCCUGCCCAGUGUCUCUUGGCCGCAAGAAGUCCAAAGAUCUAUGUCUCCAACUGAUCGUUGUAAAUAAAAACGGCCGCCUCUUCAGCCUGG